AUGCCGUUUGGCAGGCGCGCGGUCUGCGGCUGCACGAAGUACAAGAGCAUGUACCCAACGGUCGGGCAGUGGAGCCGCGCAGAUGGGCUCCGCGUGUGCAGCUCGUGCGUGGAAGAUAAGAAGAGGUCCGGCACGCCGUGGCAAUGCAUGGAGUGUGGUCUAUGGAAGUGCGAGGAGGCGUUCCACGCGUCACAGCACCACCCGUCGAAGUUGACCACGCGGCGCUGCGUGGACUGCCCCGAGAGACGUAGUUGCCGCGUGUGCGAGGAUCGGAAGUACGAAGAAGCGUUCGCGCCGUACCAGUGGAACCUUGCAGGGAACAGCCGGUGCAAAGGGGGGAUGUGCAAAGAGUGCGAGGAGCUGAAGAAGCACCUGACGUGUUCCCGCUGCGGCAUGGAGAAGUUGGUGGACGAAUUCGCGAGGACGGACGAGAAAGCCUGCGUUGAGUGCGGGGUGUUGCAGCGGCGUGGAUUCUUCUCGCAAUUCAUGUGGGAAGGAGAGGCCGCUCGAAACCGCAAGUGCAAGCGCUGCGUCGAUGGCGCAAAGCUGGAGCGCGGGAAGGCCUGCGUUGAGUGCGGGGUGUUGCAGCGGCGUGGAUUCUUCUCGCAAUUCAUGUGGGAAGGAGCGGCCGCUCGAAACCGCAAGUGCAAGCGCUGCGUCGAUGGCGCAAAGCUGGAGCGCGGCAAGUGGAAAUGUGUAGAAUGCAAGGGCGCUUUCGGGAGGGACCACUACAGGAACUGGUUAGCUGGGCGAUCGACGCAGAAGGCGGAUGGGAAGCAGAGAUGCAACGCGUGCUGUGCUGGCCAGGAGCGCAAACGGAAGGAAGUCGCCGAGCGGAGCCAUGCGUCGGUAGCGAAAGUAAAGAAG